AUGGAUUCCGGUGCGAUACACGUCCAGAUGCCCGUGGCCGGCGAAGAAUGCCCGGCGCAGGAAGCGAAGCCAGUCAAGGGCAAGUCGCCGGUGGACAAGACGCUGUCGGGCGCGUCGGACCUGCUGAAGCUGCUGCCGACGGGCACGGUGCUGGCGUUCCAGGCGCUGGCGCCGUCCUUCACCAACCACGGCGUCUGCCACACGGCCAACCGGUACCUGGUGCUGGCGCUCAUCGGCGCCUGCGCGCUCUCCUGCGUGCUCCUCUCCUUCACGGACAGCCUCGUCGGCCGCGACGGCAAGCUCUACUACGGCAUCGCCACGUUCCGGUCCUUCUACCCGUUCAACUUCGCCGGCGCGGCCGCCGAGCGGGACGCCAUGUUCAGCGACCUGGGCCGGUUCAGGCUCACCGGGCUGGACUUCGUGCACGCCGUCUUCUCCGCGGUCGUGUUCCUGGCCGUGGCCUUCUCCGACGCCGGCAUACAGAGCUGCCUGUUCCCGGACGCCGGCGCGGACGUGAGGGAGCUGCUGGUGAACCUGCCGCUCGGGGCGGGGUUCCUGUCCAGCGUGGUGUUCAUGAUCUUCCCCACCACCAGGAAGAGCGUCGGCUAUACGGACAUGACGCCCCACUCCCACUCGCACUGA